AUUCGCCGCAUGGACUUUGUUUGGCUUUUCUUUUGAUCUCAUCAUUUUGCGACUGGAAUUUUGGCGCAUUUUAUGACGUACAGCGCUAAAGUAACGUUUGGCUUUAAAGUUUUGUUUGUACAGUACUGGCUUGAUUAUUCAACCAAAGCGCAUCCCUGUCUCUGAAGCAUUUUAUGUGCAGGUCUUCACUGUUCUCUUUAUGGUCAUCAUCUUCAGACCCCUGUUCAUAUGCUGAGGUCAUAUCUCUUCCUCUCUGUUGAUGACUUCACUGGCCAUUGAAGUGCUGGCCAUCACCUCAUCCUUACUCAUUGUUAGGGCAAAUGUGGAGAUUGGAAUGUGUGCCUCACAAGCUACAACGCCAAUGCAGUAGCAGUCUGGAAGACUUUAAACAUAAGAGAAGGGAGUAUGAGAAAGCUUUGAGAAAGGCCCGUAAAGAUCAGCAGCUGAUCAGUAAGAGGCUAAUACGGGAUAUCUUAGAACAGGAAGAAGUCAGUGGAAAUUCUGAGUCCUUGUCAAAAGAGCAGGCUGAUGAACUGUUUCAAAGGAUACAUCAUAGCGGUGCUGAAAAAGUCAUUGCCCUCCGUUCUGUCAGGAAAGCUCUACGACAGAAAGAGGCACAGCAGGUUUUUGUCAGGUUGAACAGUUUUGUCCAUGUGUUGGUUGGAGUUUUCAGCGGCUCUAAUGCUGCUUGUCAGCUCGAGGCAGCUUAUUGUCUAUUGGAACUGUCCCAGUCAGAUGAGGCCAGUAUUGCACUGGCAUGCCUUCCUGCCACACCAUACUUGCUGACUUUCCUUUCUGGUCAGAGUCCAAAGUUCACGGAAUUGUGUCUCAACAUUUUGGGAAAUCUGGCAGCAGAGAAACAAGCGGUCAGAAAGCAGCUUUUGGCUCAGGGUGUGAUUCCCUCUUUGGCGUUAUGCCUUCAGUCACCUCAUGUUGCUGUAGUGGAGGCUGCUGGGUAUGCCCUUUCUCAGCUUUUGCAAGGCAAAGAGUCUUCUGAGGCAACAGUACGAGCUGUGCUUGAGUCCAGUCUACCCAGUCAUUUACUGAGACUACUGGAGGGGACAUCUACCUCUGGGAUAGGGACAAUGAUCGAGUGUGCCUGGUGUUUACACUACCUCGUCUGUAGUAACGUAGACAAUGGCUUGCUGAUGGCUCAAGGUGCAGCCGCGAAGUGUUCAUCUUUGUUACUGGAGUUGGGCGGAGUUGUGCUGAAAGACCCUGCAAUCCCACAAGGUCUUCAGCUGCUCAUCUCUCCCUUGCUGCGUUGCCUUGGUAACCUGUCAGCCAGCCAUGGCCAGGAGUGCCGAGCAUAUCUGAAGGACGGACGAAUCCUGGUGGCGCUUUGUGCUUUUGUUUGCCACUUCUUCCAGCAAUACUCUUUCAUGGCAAGAGAGAGUCUCUGGGUUCUCAACAAUCUAACAGCUGAAGAUGCUGAGCUCUGCUCCACCUGUAUCCACUUGAAUUUGAUUUCUGUAUUGAUCUACUACCUGCCUUUUGCCAAAGGAAUAAAUGUCAUGGUCCUUAGACUGCUGUGCAACAUUGCAGAGAAAGGACCGGAGUACUGCAAGAAAAUCAACCAGCAAGAGGUUCUGCAAGCUGUUUGUGCAACUCUCAUCAUGGCAGACCCUGAGGUGGUGCAGCUCAGCCUGGAACUUCUUUGGAUGAUUGUGUCAAGCAGUUGUCAGGUAAGCAGUUCGCUUGUCAAUAAGGAAGGAUUGUCCGCUCUAGAAGCUUUGCAGUACAACAAAGACAAAGAGAUUAGAGUACGAGCUGCAUAUAUUCUGGAUCACAUUUUUAAACCAGGUGAUGCUUCUUGCAAAUGAAAUCCAUGUGGCCAGCCUCGGAGUGUACAGAGAAAAGGAUUUUGUAUGGUGAACAUUAUGUCUACAUUUACCCCAAAUUAGUAAUUUUUUUUUUUGUUUGUCAUAUAAUGAACUUUGAUAGAUGUGACAAUCUUUUAUAUUUGGACUAUAUAAAUGUAUUCAACUAUUUUAAAGCUGUUAAAGACAUUUAUAGUGGAGGUAAAGAUGAAAUUGUUAGAAUUAUGACUAAUUAAGAAUGAAGUAAAAUAACCCAAAAGAAAUUUGACACAUUAAUUGCUAAAUGCUUUUUUAAAGUGUUUUUUAAUAUAAUAUGACAUUAAAUCUUUCACAGCAGA